GAAGUGCAGAUAUUUCUUUUUUUUUAAUUGGAAAUGAAUACUUUCAUUUUCAAGUCUCUGUGUGGAGCAUGUUGGUGGACGUCCAUUACAGGACCUGCUCACCACUAAAGCUUUACACUUGGACAAAUUCUGCAACAUUUCCUGGCGGACACAUGGAGCGUUUCCCGGGUCCCUGACAGAGGAGCAGCACACCAAAGAUGUCUGAUCUCAGCCAAGUAGUCGUGGACUCUCGUGACGGCUCAGACAUCUACAAGAAUGUGUUCUGCAACCCUGCCUAUGAGCUGGAGGGGGAGUGUGACGAGCAUGAGGAGGGAUUUCGAGGGACAUUGUCCACCCCUGAGUUAUUGAAACCACAAACAACUGGCCGAGGUUGGGGUAUUUUCGUGGUGUGCUUUCUGCCACUGCGGCAUCACCGUGGUCGGGGUAAAGGGAUUUGUGCUGCUGCCUUAGUGCUGGUCGCAGCUCUUGGUCUGACACUGGCUCUCAUCCUCACACAGGUUAAAGGUGAAGAGGGCGAAGAGCAGCUGUCGUCCUCCAGCCCUACUACCAUGCUGAAUGCAGGAGGACGAGAGAUGUCCACAAGUCCUGCAAUCAGCAUCCAACAGGACAGUACGGCUACUCCUUCCACGACUGAAACACGUUGUGGCGGAGUUUUAACCGACUCAGAAGGUUUUUUCAGCUCACCAAAUCACCCCGGCUCCUACCCGCCGAACACGCUGUGUGUGUGGGUGAUCCAAGCCACGCCCCCUCUCCUGGUCCAGAUCCAUGUGUCCUCGCUGAACGUGGAGGGCCCAUCGCCAUGUCUGUUUGACUGGCUGGAGGUGCAGGAGCAUGGAGAGCACAGCUCUUGGGCAACCAGGUUCUGUGGUGUUGCAGCUCCAGCAACCUUCAACACAAACAGCAGCACAGUGUGGGUGACCUUCCGCUCUGAUGGAAGCAUUACAGGCAGCGGCUUCACAGCGCAGUACAGGACUUUACUGCCUGGACACAAAAGUUGCUCCAGAGAAGAGUUCAUGUGUGACAGUGGCCGCUGUCUGCUGCCUGUGUCGGUGUGUGAUGGCCAUCCAAACUGCCAGGACCAACAGGAUGAGGCGAACUGCAGCCAAAAACACAAAGAUUGCGGGGGGCAGAAAACCGGGCCGUAUGGCUUCCUGGCCAGUCCAAAUCACCCGAGGCCUUAUCCUCACCAGCAGUUUUGUGUAUGGCACAUAUCUGUUGAGGAGGGCCACGUCAUCAUGCUCAGCUUCAAAAACUUCAGCCUGGAGAUUCAGGAUGUGUGCGAGUUUGACUAUGUGGAGGUUUAUGACAGCAGCAACACGGGAGCGGAGAAAGUCCUGGGAAGGUUUUGUGGCACCACCCUCCCCCCAUACCUGACCUCAUCCGGUCACCACAUGACUGUGUUGUUCGUGGCAGAUGAGGGAGUGGCCGACAGUGGUUUCAACGCAACAUAUCAGUCUGUCUCCUUACUGGAAAGGACAUGUGGUCCAAGUCAGUUUGCGUGCAGCACCGGUGAGUGUCUUCAUCCGCAGUGGUUGUGUGACGGCUGGAACGAUUGUUCAGACGGAGCAGAUGAACAAGAUUGUGGCAACUCCACCUACCCUUCCUUCACUUCAGCAUGUGAGUCCAUAGAGGUGGAGAUGUGUCAAGGUCUCAGCUACAACCUCACCUCCUUCCCCAACAUCUGGCUCUCCAUCGCCGAUCAGACAGAGGCUGCCACACUUCUGCGACAGUACAGGGUUCUGAUGGAACUAGCCUGCUUCGAGCCCUUGCGGAGACUCGUUUGUGGGAUGUUCCUGCCACAGUGCAGCCCUCAGGGAGGCAUUCUCCAGCCCUGCCGCUCAGUCUGUUCCUCAGCGGAGCAACAGUGCAGCCAAGCUCUGGACCUUUUCUCCUUCAGCUGGCCCUUUAACUGCCACCUUCUGCCUGACUCACAUGACCCCGUGGAGUGCUCGCGGCCUUAAUUGACACUUAAAAAAAUAUCAGGGUUGCAAAACAAAAACAGACUUCAAGACACCAAAAAAGCAGUCAAAGCCGUUUUAUUGUACUUCAUCCUGAUUUGAAACUACGAGUUUGCAGCACCUUGCACAACAGCACCACCAACAUAUACAAUCAUGGGCACUGCUUAAGUAGCUGGUUGACUGUAAUCGGUUUAAAUAUCCAACAAACAUAACAGAAAAACAUAGCACCAAAACAAAUGCCUCACUCAAGACUAGAAUGAUAUGCCUUCUCAGCAAGGAUUCAUAGUCCAUCACAAUUAUGACUGUGAUUCUCAGUUAUCCAUGUUGUGAUAAUCCGUAAUGGGUGAAUCGAGGGGAUUGGACUCCUGUUUGUUAAAGACGUUUCAGUAUUUGUCCAAAAGGCUUCUUCAGUUCUAAAAUUUUAGGCAAACAGUCUCUCUAUUUAUGUCUCUGGUGUUUAUGUCCCAAUAGUUGUUGUUAUGAUUACCCGACGUGACUGGUGAAUGACCGUCCUGCAUACUAAAUCCUGGUGGCAAAACAACUUCCUGUGGAUGGAGACAAUCUUUGGGGAAGAGAGGACAUUGUUGUAAGCAUUAGUGUAAACUUCCUCCUCUAUUUAGUGGUGUUUUGUGGUUUGCUCUCCCAUGCCGUGCCAUGCAUUUCUUUAAGGGUUGUUUGGUCUCCUACAGUGGUGGGCCGCUUGUUUGAGAGAGGUGUGGGGGGGAAAGCUAUUUCUACUCAGGAUAUGCCCACAGGGACAUAAAUAAUGAAACUCCACACCUAAAUUUUUUGUGCAAAAGGUCUUCAAAAAAGAAGAGUCCAUUUGCAAAUCAUCGCAAUGAUUUAUGUCCACAGAUAAAUUUGCAAUGACGUCCAGCAAAUCAACUUGGCAUACUAGCCACACGAUUUGUCUUGUUAGAAAUACAUGACCAAUAAAAACUACU